CCGUCCCUGACGGCCACGACUACAAUGGCCUCAUCGUUUCUGCCGUCGCGCACGGCCACGACUACACCGCCGACCCUGCCGUCCUCGACGGCCACAACGACAACAUUGACGAUGUUGCCGUCGCGAUCGGCCACGACAGCAUCAACUACACGGAGGCCGACCCCGCCGAGCCCCACGACGUGGACCUCG